CGCCCCGGCGUCGCCGCCUCCACUCCACCCGUUCGCCCCCAGUAAACACCCGCUUUUAUCCACCCUGCCCCCAGCCCGCGCGCGACGCACGCCCGCCCGCUCGCCGCCUCCUCCUAUCGUCGCCUCUCGCGGUCUCGCCGCUCGCUGCUCCUCCCCCCGCCCACCCCGCGCGCGCCGCUUGCCCGCCCUCCCUCUAUCGUUCGGGAUCGAUCGAUGGUGGGGGACCUGUCCCUCCUCGCCGUCGCCUCCGCCUCCCCCGUCGUCCUCCCGCCGUCCAAGGAGCUCCAUGGCGUGCUUCCUCUCCAGGUCCAGGGGAAGAGGCCGCAGGACGCCGGCGUGCAGCUCUGCGCGCCGCUGCAGCAGCAGCAGCAGCAGCAUCCGCCCCACCAUCUAGAGGCGGGGAUGCCUUACCACCAGGGCCAGCCCAUGCAGAUGGUCGUGCCCGGUGUCCAUCAGGGACAGCCUCUUCCCGCCGCCUACCAGGCCUUCGUGAUGCCCGACACGGCCACGCUCAUCGACGUGCAAGAUUCUCACCCUGACUCAGUUCAACUUAGCCUUGGGAUCGCUGAGCAAUGUGCAAGGCAAGAGAAACUCCUCAAGUUUCUCAUGUCUGGGUCUGACGUGAAGGAACUUGAUGAAUCCUUGCUAGCUGAAUUCACAGGGCAACAGACCCUAGCAAUAAACAUGGGAACUCAGCCAUAUAUGCCGGAUGAUAAGUUAGCGAUCUCUGAAUUCGUGUUGAAUGAGCCCCAACACUAUCUGCCAGAGAAAGAACUUGUCAUCCCUGAUCCUCUUCUGCACUUCGUUCAGUCCCAUGGCGCUGUUCUUACUAUCGAUCAAAAUGGCCGGGUCCUAUUCGCUGGCAACGGUGAUGAGAUGAUAGACUUGCUCUCGGUCUUCCUGGAGUUCAACAUGUCUAAACGAGAAACUGGUGGCUGUAAGGCUGCAUUUCUUGUUCCAUACUUUGAGAGGAAAAGGCGUUCUCGGGCUAACAGCCAAGUAUCCAAUUUAAAAUUAGCAAGCACAGCAGCUGAUGUUUCAAAAAGUACUGAUGUGAACUCAAAAUCUUUGUCAAAGAAGAAACGUAAAGUGAAAAACAUCAAAGAAGGUGACUUGUAUCAGAGAAACUACACACAUGCUAGUGAAGCUAUUUUAUCGAUCCUACUGGACAAGGACAAAAGCAGCUCGACAAUCCUCUCACUGAAAAAGGCUGGUCCGGAGAUCACUGAACUUUUAACGCAGUGCUCUAUUGGCAUAGCUGGAACUGGAUUGGCUGUUCUUCUGUCAGUUAUGUGCAAGAUGGCUACUGGCGUGAGGACUCCAUUUGCUUCGGCUCGGCUGCUUAGCACCAGUGUUGGAUUCGGACUCUUUUGGCUAUCCUGGGCAGUCAAUGGAUUGCGUGAUACCAUUGCCAGCAUUUUUAGAAGCCCUAGUAACAUGAAUAUCGAGGAUGAUGAGGUCGCAGUGAAAAUAGAGAAAAGUGUGAACGAAAUUCUCUUCAGGGCCUUAACUCUCUUGGCAAUCACUGCACUGAAGUUUGCAUGAGCAGUUAUCAUAAUUUUAAUAGUUUUGUCGACCUACUUGUUAUAUGUAGUUCACCUAUAUGUGGUUCAGGAAUCAGGAUCAGGAGUGUAGUAUUGCUGCAGUACUGCUUCUGUAGGACCAAGUUCCACCUGCCAAAUCAUGAUUAUAGUCUCUCAUUGAUCUUGUAGAAAAUGAGCCAAGUUGUAAAUUGUACAGAAUUUUGCAGGAAGCUCAGUGUAUAUUGUAAAAGAUGAAUGUUACUUCUCUGUGAACAUUGGAUAAUCUAAUGCCCAGAGCUUAUUUAAUUUUUA